AUGACUGACGAUCAUCCCUCGUUAAUCACUAAAAUUGCGCACCUUGAAAAAUAUAUUGAAUACCUACAAUCUACCAUGAAUGAUCUCACUAAAGUAAUUAAUGAUAUGAUUGAAAAGCAACUGCAUGAACCUACUUCUAAUCUUAAAAUCAAUGAUAACCCUCCAAAUGAUGAGUCAGUUAUGUCCACUCCAAUAUUCCCCCAAACACAAAUACAAGCACCAUCUUCUACACAAACACAUACACAUACACACACACCACACACACUUACACACAACAAAAAAGAACAAAUUCCUAUGAAGAACAAAUACCAAAGCCGUAGAUUCAACCAAGAAACAACAACCAAUAUCAACCUAAACAAGAAAAAUCUCUCUACCAAAGAUAACUCGAACCCUAAGGCCUCCAAACUUGCGAAGGAUCCAUGGGUCCCCUCUGAAAGACCAUUCAUACUCCAAAUUGUUCCGUCCUCAUCAAGCUCAAGAGACGAAAUCAUCAAGAACCUCAAUACCGCCAAAAGUCAAACAAACUUUAAAUACUUUAUCUCUGAUAUGUCUCUCCAAAUCACAGAGUUCACCGCUCAACAUCUUACUGGAAACGAUGAAAACAAUAUUCUCCAUAUGAUCUCCUGCCUAUGCAAUUGGCAUGAGAAAUCUAAAGGUUUAAUAGCUAUGAGAAUUAGUAAACCACCAGACUCAAGCUGCUUCAAAACCACUGUUACAGUUAAGAAUUUACAAUCACUACAAGAAAUCCUCUCUAACACCGAAUGGUCUCACCUCAAAACUUAUACUCAACUAGCUGAAGAUUCCCGUUUUGAAGUCUUUAUCAACCUCUCUACAGAUUUUGAAGAACAUGAAAUCGUAAACGUCGUUAAAGAUAACACCACUAAAGCAGGAAUUACUAUUCACCCAAACUCUAUCAAAAUCGAUGAAAAGGCACUCCUUUUAAUCCUGAAGAAUCAUAUUAUAACACCAUAG